AUGGAACCUUCAUCACGUAGACCAGAACGUGGUCUCUUGUUGAUAUCCAAUUUACCAGCUUUACAAAACUUAAUCAAACGAGAUCCCGAUGGAUAUUCUGCUGAAUUCGCUACUCAAUGGGAUCAUUAUCAAUCACUUCGAGCGGUGAUCGAUCUGGGUCUUGGUUCAUCAGGUGGUAAUGAUAUGGGCUUAUCAGGACCGGCUAGUGUGACGCCCACGAGCACAGGAGCUGGAAGUGGAAAGGGACGUAGAGAAACCGAGGAGAAAUUUCGAGAAGUAGUGAUCUUUCUGUCACAGACUGCACCGUGCUAUGCUCUUAAAGCCAAACCCAUCCGACCGGUCACCAAUCUACCUACAGAGUUAUCCAGUCUUCUACUCCAGCGACACGAUCUUUUGCAUACCGACACGAGGAAAUCUCUAGUUCAAGCUUUAGUCGGCAUGAGGCGUAAAGAUACGACCAAUUGUCUUAUCACCACCUUUGAUCUUCUGCAGGUUCUCUUUGCACUCCUCCCUAUGACCACCUCAUCGAUCCUCCGGGCAUCGAUCUUGAAAACAAUUCUAACUGAUAUCAAAUUAGCCAACAAGAAGACUAAAAAUCACAAACUGAAUCGAUCUGUCCAGGGACUCCUUUUCAACAUGAUCGAACGUGGUAUCGACGGAGGUCGCGCUGAUGGGUCAGAAGGACCUGGGAUGAAGAGAAAGCUGAACAAAAACACUGCCGCUGCGAACGGAAGCCGCCGAGAGGCACUAUGGGCAGUUAAAUUAGCCACAGAGUUAUGGAGGAAAGGUAUCUGGGAUGAUUCAAAGACGAUCAGAAUAUUGUCCGAUGCGUGCUUCCAUUCAAAUACUAAAGUUCAAUCAGCCGCAAUCCAUUUUUUCUUAUCAGACUCUGGAUCUGGGGAAUUAAAUGAAUUGGAUAGCGAUAAUGAGCCAGAAAAGGACAUUAAUGUAAAGCAAGUCAAACACGUUCAAACUAUCAACAAAAAGCGAAAGUCGACAGACAAGCGAGCUGAGAAGCUGAUCAAGCAAGCGAAUCGAAAGCAGAGGGCCAAAGAGGCUGGUGUCAAUAAGAGUAACCCGAACUUCUCUGCUAUACAGCUCAUUCACGAUCCUCCUCAAUUAGGUGAAAAACUUUAUGAAGCUCUCUUGAAGCAUGAUAAGAUUUAUACCUUGGAUCACAAGAUUUUAUUGCUUCAAUUGUUUUCUCGCAUCAGUGCAAUUCACAAAUUACAAGUUUUACCUUUUUACUCUUACAUUCUCAAGUAUAUCAAUCACCAACAGCUUCAAGUCACUUCUAUCCUUGCCGCUCUUGCUCAAUCAGUACACGAUCUCACCCCGCCGGACGUUCUGAUGCCCUGUUUACGUAAAUUAGCAAACGAGUUUGUUCAUCCUGGUGUCGCUUCGACUGUCAUUGCAGCCGGACUGAACUCGAUCACAGAAAUCUCUCGAAGGCAACCUUUGGCUAUGGAAGCGGAUUUAUUGGCAGAUUUGAUCGAGUACAAGAAAAGUAAAGAUAAAGGUAUCAUUACUGCCGCACGAAGCUUGUUGGGUCUGUUCCGAGAGGUCAACUCCGGCUUGCUUAAAAAUCGCGAGCGUGGUAAGGUGGCUACGAUGGCUUCAAAGGACUUUGCGGGCGAGAAAGAUUCAACAAUGCCCACGAGAAGAGUUGUCAGGUUCGGGGAAACGCGUGGUGAUGUUACAUCGAUACCGGGAUUGGAAUUGUUAGAGCAAGCUAUGGCCGAUAAGAGUACUGAAGCCAGAGAAGGUAACUCUGCAGAAGAGGCGGAAGAUGAUGAUGACAAAUGGGAAGGUUGGGAAGUCGAAUCUGAUGAUUCUGAUAGCGAGAAUGAGGAGGACUCAGAUGGAAGUUGGAUCGAAGUCAGUAGUGAAGAUGAUGGGGGUGGGUUAGAUGUCAGUGACUCAAGUGAUGACGAGGAGGUGGACGGGAAGAAGAUCACUCGCCGACAGCGUUUAGAGAAAAGGAGGAAAAUAUUCACUGGAGGCUGGAAAGCGGGCGAAGAUACUCGCGCCUCCCGAAAUGAAGAAGGCGAAGAGCAGGCUAUAGAGGAUGAUGCGGAUGGUGAUGAGCCUGAACAUUCUGCUGAACCUCAAAUCGCUAGCUUGGCGUCCACCAAAAUCCUUACGCCGGCAGAUUUUGCGAAACUGAAUGAGCUGAGGAUCAGCGCGAUCGAAAAGGCGGCAAAAGAGAGUGGAUCGAAGAAUGCCAAUUCAUCACACCAUAAGAUCCUUAAACAAUUACGACAACAAGCUCAUUAUAAUUCCAAGGAAGCUCCAACACUUGAUGCGAUUGAAGAAGAAAAUCAUCGAUUUGUCAGUGAAGGAGAUAUCAUUGGACAACAAAAGAAAGCUAAACAGAAUUAUGAAGAAAGGAUGGCAAGUAUCCAAUCUGGUAGAGAUGGUAGAGAAAAGUUUGGUAGUUCGAAAGCUAGAGGUAGAAAAGGAUUAAAGAAUGGAGCGAUGGGUAGUAGUACCAACGAAGCUAAAUCGAGACAAAAAUCAUUUGCAAUGACACAACAAUCAAAUAGAGUUCGAUCUAAGAAGAGUGCUUCUUUGAGAGAUCGUCAAAAGACUUUACGAGCUCAUAUCAAUCGUAAGAAACGUGGAGGACGAAGAGGAAACGUGAUUUGUGAAGUGCUCGCCAAAGCAAUUGAUUGCGACUCUCACAUGAACCGUAUGACCAUGAACCACCCCCACGAGAGCUAUCCAAUGCACCCCAAAGCUUUAUUUGGAGCAUGGAGAUAG